AGGAGAAGUGCGCGAGGCGAGAGCGACGUGAUCCAACAAACGAACGAAGGCACAGUGGGAAGGAAGGGAAACUAAGACGCAGAGACAAGUGUGGGAUUUACAAGGAGCGAUGAGAGAAACACUUAAAUUAUACAUCUUUUUGCAGCUGAAUAAAUCGCGCUGGAUAAUCUGAUAUUUUUAAACUGAAUUACGCACGAAGUGCCCGUCCAAGCAGGUGAACCAACUUUUUACGCACGGACCUUUUGGAAAUGCGAUAUUUCAGUUGUGACCAUAAAGUAGCACAAUGAAAUGCUCAAUUUUUGAGUGAAAGUUUAAAAUAUAAUUAAGUGGAAUUCGCAAAAUUGUCGCAUCAAUCAUUUUGGCACAUGCUGCUGAAUACUUAACACCUCAUAUUUGGAUGGGUUUAUUAAAUUAGUCUUUCUUGAACUGCUUUUAAAGGAAUUGUAUUUGGGAACUGUACGUCUCGUGUCAUACAGCGUGCAUUACGCACCGGUCCCCACUGACGGCCACCUCUGAUAUCUCCUUAAGUGCUAUUUCAAACAGCAGCAUGGACACAGUCAGACGUCUAGUCUGCGCGUGAGUCACCGUGAGCAAACAUUUGGACGAGCGCUGCUUAUUGGCAGUGACACAUUUGGAAUAUUUUACAGUGCGUGCCUUGCGCAAGCGGCCAGCAUACGACACCGGGACGAGGCUCCGUGCAGCCGUGAGAUUGGACUCCGAGGUGCUAAAUGCCCAGCCGGUCGCUUGCGGCUCCUCAGGCUGGGCGGCAACAUGAGGUUCUGGGUCCUGCUGCCGCUGCUGGCUGCGCUUUUAACGGCCCGUCUGCAGCUCGGGAACGCUGAGGGUGAUCCGCUUCCACCAUCUUUGGUUGACCUGGUGAGGAACUCGGCCAUCGCCUCAGUGGAAGACCUGAAGCUGCUGCUGCAGCAGGAGACGGACGCAAUAGAAGAUGAAGAGGAUGAGCAUGACUUUCCCCCAAAACCCUCCCAUGGCCGAUAUAUUAGAAGUCUUGUAGAGGCACAGCAGGCUCAGCAGGCAGUAUGUAAAGUUCGAACUGAAGUGAUGGAAAUAACAAGAUCAAUGCUGGAUCGCCGCAAUGCCAACUUCCUGUUGUGGCCGCCGUGCGUGGAGGUGGAGAGAUGUUCAGGUUGCUGUAACAGUAACCUGCUGCAGUGUAUCCCCACAGUUACCUCCACCAGAUACCUUCAGGUCAUGAAGAUUCAGUUCAUAAACCGGAAAGCCCACUAUGAAAAAGCCAUCAUCUCAGUGGAAGAUCAUGUCAGCUGCAGAUGUCAAUCUCCCUCCUCACCCUCUUCCUCUUGUUCCACCUGCACAGUUUCCAUCCCUCGCUCUACCACUCAGAGCAAUCCCAAUCCUCUUCCGCCUCCACCACAGCAGCCUCCCCCAUCUUCCAACCUUCCGCUGUCCCUUCCACGGCCCGCUCACCCUGCCUCACCUAAGACUCACACCUCCAAGGCUGAUCUCCAUCGGCAUGACGACCUGAAGCACAACCAGCAGUAUUACCAUCCUGAGGAGCGUGAGCCGGUAGCGAGGCAGUGGCAGCAAGGCAGUUACACUCAGCUGGUGCGCUGGACGCAGCCCAGGGUCCCUCAGACACCCACACAUGUGCAGGCAGGAGUGCACCAGCCAGUGACUGGGUUGCUCAGGCCAGUCAACAGUUGGCCAUCUGAGGCAAGGGCAGAGCACAGUGUCAUGGGAAGCACACAGCAGGUGGGGCAUGGAAGCGGCUAUGAUGGAAGUCGGGAGGAGAGCACUGUGUAUGUACCAACCAGUGGUGGGGAACUGCACCAUCCUGACCUCGCACAGAGGCAGCAACAGCUGCUACAACACCAACAGAGACAGCAGUAUCAGUAUGAACAUCGCUAUCCACAACAGCAUAACCAUGGAGCAGCAGAGGACCAAGAGCUGAGGACGCAGUAUCGGCUCAAUGCUCCACAGUCAGACGGCGCUUCUCCACCUGUCAGCCCAACACAGUCACCCAAAUUAGGGGGAAACCCCACCCGUUCUACAUCUACCAUUCAAAAAGACUCAGUGACCAGCCAAAAAAAUAUAGAGGUCACAAAUCAUAAACAGACAGAGACUGACAGAGUCAUUCAAAAACAUGCGAAUGAGAGGGAAGAAAGUGGGUCGGCCAAUAGUGGAGAUUCUGCUGGGCGAGAGCUGGCCAGUCCUGUUAAGGAAAAGGACUCUAAAGUGAGCAGUGAGGAUGGUCGUUUAACGGAGGAGGAGAGGAGACUGAAGCUUCUAGAGAUGGUACAGAGGGAAACAGAUAAUCCAUCUCUACCUAAACCUCAUCAUCCUCUGCAAAGACCAAAGCCAACCACAUUUAAAACAGCAUUCUCUACUGUAGCUCCCAAGUCACCUUUAGCCCGUCAGGCGCCAUUUCGACCCGCUUCACCUCGCCGCAGGAGAAAACAUCGCAGACGCAUAAGCAAAGCUGCUAUGAGAGCAAUGAUCAUGUAGAGCUGAAGGAAGUGGCAAAGCUAACUACAAGGUUUUGGGCCUGAAACACUGCUCCAAAGGAAUGUAGAGACACAAAAAGAUGUGAUUCCCAACGGUGGGAUGUUCAGAUCCCCCUUGGCAGGUCUAAGGUGGUGGACAGUCCUGCUGUUUUCAAUGGACAGCUUUACAGAAAGUUGUAUUUCUGGCUCUGGAGAUGCUACCAAGCAUCCACCGUUUUGGAUUGAAUAAGUGCAAUCUUAUGAACUCCUCAAGUUAGAGGAUAUGCAUCACACUAAGCACUGGAUCUUGUUUGUUUCAUGUGUUUGAACCAUAAAUCCAAAUACUGAGGGGUUUUUGGAAGCCUAUCUGGUGCUGAAGAAAGCUAGACAGAUGGAAGCCAUUGAUUGGCCUCUUUGAUCAACAUAUGACUUGGACUUUGAAGUCAUCAUUUGAAUCUGAACAUGGAUUUGAAGUUGAAAACCACAGAUGAGAAGGACUGGACUUUACACUGGGAUGACAACUGGAGAGUGCAGCUCAGGCUUCGAUGCCAAACUUUACUGUACUGUUAUCCUUAAAUGUCUGAAUCUAAUAUUAUCUAACACUGGAGUAGCCAUACACUGAUCAUACUACACUGACUUUAGAGAAGUGCUCUACUGUGUGCUGUAGCUAACUUUACUUUGAAAAUAUCAAUAACUUGCUCUUCUUUACUACCGGCAGAUCAAAAUGAAAUUAAAUAACAACUAAAUGCCUGCUUUCAUAACAUGCUAUGAAUAUCCACAUUAAAGCAAGUCUUAAAGACCUGGCUGUUAGAGAUUGUUGUGAGCCAGUUAUAGCAAAUACUGAACUGUAUAAAUGCUUUUAGAAAAUCCUUUCCAGAGGAAAAAGAAAAGAGUUUAUUUCUUAACUUAUUUAAAAAAAAAGGAGGAUAUGAUGCCCUCUGGUUCUUAAGUGUAAUUAUUGUUGCGGAUGUGUCAGGUUAUAAUUAUUGCUUGUACAACAGUUACUGUAAUGAAUGUUAUUUUUAAUAUAAAAUAAAAAUGCUCAAGAAUUA